UCCCCAAACUUCCGGUUCAUUACUUUGAUUAUAUAUUUAAAGAUUUACUGCUCAAUUCUUGAUAUGCAUAAUGGAUAAAGGGUUUAAGCCCAUCUGGGCGUGCAGGACGUCCGCUUCUGAUGAAGCAUCUGAAUUGGAGUACUAUCUGCAGAAGCAACUUGAAGAUGAUGUUGCGAGAAUAUUUGAUGAAUCAAUUUAUUCAGACCUUGAACUAAGUUGUGGCAAACAGAAAUUACUCACACAUACAUGUUUACUAAAAGCGCGUACUAAUACAUUUUAUAACACACUGCAAACAAUUUUGCAUGUCAAUGUUAACCAACGUAUCUUUGAUGAAAUUUAUUCAUUCGUAAGCGACGUUUAUACUGAAUGCAAUAUAAAACACCAAGAAGCUGAAAUACUACAAUACUUAAAAGAUAAUCUACUAUUUGAGAAAAAAGAUGCUUAUUAUUUAAGCAAGGACGAUUUACCAGAUGAAAAUGAAAUAUUCUCGACACCAAAAUGUCUUAGUCCUUUUGCUGAACAAGAAUUAAAGGGAAAUCCGUUGAGCCCAAACACCGAGUUGACGAAAGAGUAUUAUGCAUUAGUGCCAAUAGACAGACACACAUUUGAUCAAGAAAUUGGUGAACAAGAUGCUUUAUCAAAUGCGUUUCAAUCUAUGAUCAACGCCCAGGCUAAGGAAACUAUUCAGCAGCAGCUUUCGCCACGUAAUAAGCCUACAUCAUUGGCUCUUACAUCUAGCCAUACAACUAAAUCUAUUCAACAUUCCAACAGUUGUGAUACUUUUGACUGCAAUCGCUUUGAAGAUGUUUACUACCAAAACGAAAAUGUAGUUAAACAGGCACUUGGUGAAACAUUUUCUCAAAAAAAAUGUAGUAUUAUACCCACCCACGAAUUGGUCGAUAAUUUAAACAAUCAUUUGAAAACACUGAGCAAUGGUGAAUCAGUGGUUGAAAAAACAAUAGAACCAUCUUACACACCAGACAGUUUGAUAACAGACGAACCUAGUUCAUCAUCAGAUUAUUUAUCUGCAACUUACACUUGUCCACAAGGAAUAUAUUCUUCGAUUUGCCAACCUCUUAAUAAUAUCGGAGAUUCUUUUACAAAAAUGGAUAGCACAUUUACACCAUCUGAUUCAGGUGUAGAGAAUGGACUAUUAGAAAGCCAAAGUAGUCAUCGUGAUAUCACAUUGACUGAUUUAUCGUUAACGGAAAGUGCCAUACAUGACUCUUCGUCUGAUGACUUAAAGCAGAUAUUCAGUUGUGCAAAUCCUACCGAUGACAACCAUGUAUCAAAAUAUAAAUAUGCUACUGCGCAAUCAGACAAAGCAUCUUUAAGUAGUACAUCUACUGAAACUAGUAGUGGACUAGUAUAUCGACAGAGUGAGGAGAGACCGAAGUUACGGGCAAUGGAUCUUCAAUCAUCGAAAGAAGAAAAACAGAGACAAAAUGAGGAGAUAGUUAAUUUAGAAUCAUCCUCUGUAUCAUCUGAAACUGGAUCUUGGGAAUCGAUAUUUCCUCCAAAGCUAGGUGAAAAGGCGAUAUGCGAGCAGUUUAUAUCUCAAGAAAGACAAUUAUCUAACAAUCAGAAUACUGUGACAAAAACAAAUAUCACUGAUUUUAUGGAAAAUAAUUCUCAAAGCUUAGUACAAAAAAUGCAAGUUCAAUCUGCUUCCUGUUUCAUAGAUGCUGCUAGCUUAAGGGAUGAAGAUGAGACUAUAGGAAUUGAUGAUAAUCUGAAAUAUUAUAACAAUUACAAAAAGCAAGACAUUGAGAAAUCUGAUUCUCUUCUACCGGUUGUAAACGAAACACCAAGCAGCAGUCAAAUUGAGGCUGGUAAAAAUGAUCGAAAUGAUGAAACCAAUGAUCAUACUGAGCAACAACCCAACGCGGAAUCAAAUAGUUUUGUCCAAUGGAUAUCACUUGAGGAAAACCACAAAGAUACCUCUGAUGCUUCCCAUGAUUUUGGAAAAACAUCUGAUACUCCACAUAAUUCAAUAAAUGUAUCACAUCCAUUACAAGAGAAAAAGUCCACCAAGAAUGAAAAAAUAAAUAAUGAUGGAAAUAAUUGUUCAUCAACAGAAAAUAUACCAGCGGCUCAAGAAAAAUCUAGUCACACAUUUUACAUUGAUUUCUCCAGUUUGCCUGAUUCACACCCUACAGAGGAUAACAAAACUAUUGAAACCCAGUCGGAGAAAAAAAACAUGUUUUCAAUGUUUAUUGAUUUGGGAGAGACAUCAAAGUUGAAGAAAAUACCUGCAAGACUUUCAUCUCUAUUUCCCGCAAGGAAAAAUACGAAAGAAAAAUCAUUGAUUGAACAAACUAGCACAGCAUCUUUUGAGAGUUGCGAGAUGUUGUGCAAGGAUACCUCUUUAACAAUUUCUGAAAUUGUUGCUAUUCAUAACCAAAUGGAAUCUGAAAAACAAACAAUUAUUGUUCAACAAUCUGAGUGCUCAGCAGAAACAAAAGCCAAACCUGAUGAGGUGAUUUCAGAAAAUGUUAAUAAGGAAGUGAAAAAUAUUCAAAAUCAUUCGGACCUUUUCGUGAAGCUCUCUGAUUUAGAUAAGCCUCCGAUGAAAACCGAUUUUACCCGUAUUUUACAAAGAAAAAGUGAAGGAUUGGAUGUAAGGAUGACCAGAUCGAUACCUGAGAAUAACUGGCGCGUUAGUCACACGUCAACCUUUAGAUCAACAGAAAUUAUUAGCUCUUUCCACUCUGAAAAUACAUUGAGCUUGAACCGUUUAUUCCCUCAUUUGAAAGAUCAAUUGAUUAGUAGAAGUAUGCCUGGAUCCCAAGGACCUCUGAACUAUUCAAACACAGCAGUCGCUUGUAGUGAUUGGCAGGAUGAACUGGCAUCAUAUACAACCAAUGAACAGACAACUGUUGCUCUAACAACUGUUUCAGUGACAGAAACAACUACAGCUAUAUCCGGGGAAGAAUUGGGUAAAUUGUAUGAAUUGAUGGCCUCUUGUCAAUCUCCGUUAGGACAAGAUUUACUUAGGAUGUUUAUUGAGGAAAUAGCACCUGAUGUUACUGUUGAAUGCAGUGGAAGGCGAAUAAAGGCACAUAAGUGCAUCUUAAUAUCUAGAUGUCAAUAUUUCGCUGGGAUCUUGAGUGGCAGUCGGAUUGAAGCCGCAGGCAAUGUUAUUGUUAUGCCACCGUUCUCUCAAGAAGUAUUCCUAUUCGUUCUUUGCUACAUUUACUCCGGGAUAUCGGUGAUACCAAGUACAAUAAAUAUUGUUGAACUUGUAACACUAAGUGAUAUGCUACGCUUGGAAGGACUCAAAGAAGCAAUAAUGCUUAAUCUGAAAACUAAAUAUUGUCAUCACUUUCAUAGUCCUUGCGAAGUUUGUAUAGCUGGCGUUCUUGAAAGUUUCCAUCUCUCAUCGAUGUAUUCUUUGGAUGAUCUAUAUCAUAAGUGUCUUAAAUGGAUCACAAAAUAUUUCCCUGUAGUGUGGCCUACAAAAGCAUUUUCAUCAAUGAAUGAAUACUUGGUGGAGAAAUGUGUCAGAGCUUUGUUAGAACACAUCUCAAUUGAAACUUUCCUGGAUACAGUGUUUGGAUUAGGUGUGACAAUGUCUGCACUGCAGUGCAGAAAAUGGACGAAGAACUUGGAGCGGCACUGCUAUCGUGUGAUGGAAACUGCUAUUAGAUAUGCUGCGAAAAACCUGGAGAUCCUAAUGAAGGAGUUAGCACCUUCACCGGCCGAUGCCCACAGCUCGGCCAAACGUUCUCUAGAGAAGUGCAUGAAGAGUGCUAUCGAAAGGGCGCCGGGAGAAGAACUUUGCCGCACAUACGUUUUGUUGGGUGAGCUGAUUGAGGAACAAGGAGACAGCGGCGCACUAUAUGAACAAAGAUCAGAACCUCGAUCGAUUCUGUAUGUCUACGGCCACUACUGGCAACAAUGCUGUGAAAUCGCUUUGGCAUACGCUUCACCGAGGCUGACUCGAACUCAAGCGUACAAGAACUUGCCCUACGAGAUCAAACGAAAGUUGCGUUUGCUUAGUCCUCAAGAUGCCCUAAGUCCCAUUGGACCGGUGAGAAAUAGAGACAUCUAUUCAAACCCUAGAAGCGGCCGACCCCAACUGGCUCUUCCUCAGCCGACGACGGCUGUAUCUAAAGUGAGUCCCAAUAAAACGAUGGAAAUUAAAAAGUCACCUACGACCAGCACAUCAGCUGUGCGCACAACUAAAGCCCAAGAGCAGAGGACAAAGUUCAACAUGUUAAAAAAGAAAUUAACAGAGGAGCGUGAUAUUAACAAUCGAGGCGCUGUACCUCGUAAUAACUUGUCCCCAAAGAGGCGAUCCAAAUCAAUGGAGGCAAAAAAUGGAAAAACUGAUAAGAAAGAUCCUUCGCAAGGAACAUCUGCACAAAUGAACUCAUCGGGAAACUCCAGCCCGAAUGAUUCCGCAAAGGAGAAAUGGUCGUCACGCAGCAAUGUGGCAGGAACAUCGCGACCGAAGACAGCUGAUCCCACAUCUGAUGCGGCCAAUGAAAACAUGUACGCAACAUACACAAAAUCGUCUCGCACUAAGAAAGAACCCGGCGAACGUACACUCCCACAAACUAAGCUGCCGACGUAUAAAUAUUCUUCGAUUUCAAAUAGAUAUCAUGACGCGACUGAAAACAUGCCCGGUACAUCAAACCGUCUUGACAACGUAAAAGCUUUGCCUGCUGCAUCCUCGACGAACACCACAUCGGUGCAGAAACACGAUGAACCUGCGAAAAAAUUAAGCGCACUGUCGAAACCGCGCCCUAACAAUCAACUGAUAAAAGAGAAAUCUGGUUCAUUGAAUAUCCACCUUUCUGAGACGCGCAUAUUCUGUACUUCACCGCUUAGGGGAUCAUCGGCACCGCUGCACAAGGAGAUAGCCGGUCCUUCGAGCCGACCUCUAUCGUUCACCGUACCACCGAAAUGUGACCACCAAAUGAACCGUUCGGAGAAGGCAGUUGCUCUUUACAACCGACCUCCAGUAACAAAAACUCCAACUGUACAUAAGGUGAGUGGAUCUCUCACUAAACCGACUAAAUCCAGCCGUGCUAAAGCUGUCACGAAAGUCAUCAGUGAUGGAAAUGGAACAUCGAAAGUUUCGAAGCAACCAGUGAAAGCCAACAAUAGACAGGCCGCUCCUCGCACCGAGCGACCUCUGAAGAACAGGUCACGCACCUGGUCAAAAGACGAGCCUAAAGACGACGUUGACGAUCAACAUGCAUUCCAAGAUGACCAUUAAAUUUACUUGCUUAUUUAUCCUCGUCGUGUAGCUGUUUUAUGUGUAUAUGUGUCUAUAAUAUGUAUAUUUUAAUAUUAAUGUCUACAUGUAUAAUCACCAUUUAUUUCAAAAUUAGAUGAAUACUAACAAGUUUGAAAUUAAGAUUUAUCAUGACUUAAUAAUAAUUAUGUCAACAAGUUUAAAAGUAGUAAUGAACUUGUGUAACUUCGAUGUUGAUAUAUCAAAUUAUCAUGACUUAAAUGAGACUCUCUCCUAUGGCUUAAACUUUAAACUUAAGGAAUAGCUUUCUAAGUCCCAUCUGUCUAUAAACCUCCACUCGUAUGAAAAUCUUAAAUGUUAUUAAUAGUUUAUGAAAUAGUAAAGAGCUUUGCAAUUAUUAUU